AUGGGUCCUCUGAUCGUCAGGUUUAUGGAGGAAGGUGUAUGUAAUGACGUGCUGUUUGUAUCUCUCUCUCUCUCUUUCUCUCUCUCAGGUGUCGCUUUCCCAGAGUGGGCCUACAAACCCGAUUGGUCGCCAGGCUCCAGGCAAAUCCAGCUCUGGCACUUCAUCCUGGAACUCCUGCAGCGCGAGGAUCUGAGCGCUGUGAUUGGCUGGCAAGGGGAGUGGGGGGAGUUUGUGAUUCGAGAGCCAGAGGAAGUCGCCAGACUGUGGGGCGCUCGCAAGGGCAAGCCACACAUGAAUUAUGACAAACUCAGCAGAGCACUGAGGUAUUACUAUAACAAGCAGAUUCUUCACAAGACCAAAGGCAAGCGCUUCACCUACAAGUUCAACUUCACUAAACUGAUCCUGGUCAAUUACCCAGGAUGGGAUAUCAGCUCAGCCUCAAGAAUCAUUGGGACCAGCCCCUGUCAGAUACAGACCUCCCUGCAGAGUCAGAUGGCGAAAUAA